CCAAAAAAAAAAAAAAACAAGACAAAUGACUCACAAAGAAAAAAGAUGGGGAAGCCAAGGGCAAUUAAAGCUGACUCAGGUUCUGAGCGGAUGCUGACUCAGUUGGCCUCCUGAGGGACAUGAUUCAGACUGUCCCGGACCCAGCAGCUCAUAUCAAGGAAGCGUUGUCUGUCGUGAGUGAGGACCAGUCAUUGUUUGAGUGCGCCUACGGCACGCCGCACCUGGCCAAGACGGACAUGACUGCGUCCUCCUCCGGCGACUAUGGACAGACAUCCAAGAUGAGCCCGCGCGUUCCUCAGCAGGACUGGCUGUCUCAACCCCCAGCCAGGGUCACCAUCAAGAUGGAAUGUAACCCCAGUCAGGUGAACGGCUCAAGAAACUCCCCCGACGAGUGCAGCCUGGCCAAAGGCGGGAAGAUGGUGAGCAGCCCCGACACCGUGGGGAUGAGUUACGGCAGCUACAUGGAGGAGAAGCACAUGCCGCCCCCAAACAUGACGACGAACGAGCGCAGGGUCAUCGUCCCCGCAGAUCCUACACUAUGGAGUACAGACCACGUCCGGCAGUGGCUGGAGUGGGCAGUGAAAGAAUACGGCCUUCCGGACGUCGACAUCUUAUUAUUUCAGAAUAUCGAUGGAAAGGAACUGUGCAAGAUGACCAAAGACGACUUUCAGAGGCUCACCCCGAGCUACAAUGCUGACAUCCUUCUGUCGCAUCUCCACUACCUCAGAGAGACACCUCUUCCACAUUUGACUUCCGAUGAUGUUGAUAAAGCCUUACAAAACUCUCCACGGUUAAUGCAUGCUAGAAACACAGGGGGUGCAACUUUUAUUUUCCCCAAUACUUCAGUAUAUCCUGAAGCCACGCAAAGAAUUACAACUAGGCCAGAUUUACCUUACGAACCACCCAGGAGAUCAGCCUGGACCAGUCAUGGCCACCCCACCCCCCAGUCAAAAGCUGCUCAGCCGUCUCCUUCCACAGUGCCCAAAACUGAAGACCAGCGUCCUCAACUAGAUCCUUAUCAGAUUCUUGGACCAACGAGUAGCCGCCUUGCUAAUCCAGGGAGCGGGCAGAUCCAGCUGUGGCAGUUUCUUCUGGAGCUCCUGUCAGACAGCUCAAACUCCAACUGCAUCACCUGGGAAGGCACCAACGGGGAGUUCAAGAUGACAGAUCCGGACGAGGUGGCCCGGCGCUGGGGAGAACGGAAAAGCAAACCCAAUAUGAACUAUGAUAAACUCAGCCGGGCCCUCCGCUACUACUAUGACAAAAACAUCAUGACCAAAGUCCACGGGAAGCGCUACGCCUACAAGUUUGACUUCCACGGCAUCGCCCAGGCCCUGCAGCCCCACCCUCCAGAGUCUUCCCUGUACAAGUACCCCUCGGACCUCCCUUACAUGGGAUCCUAUCACGCCCACCCACAGAAGAUGAACUUUGUGGCCCCCCACCCUCCGGCCCUACCCGUGACGUCGUCCAGUUUUUUUGCUGCCCCCAACCCAUACUGGAAUUCCCCCACAGGAGGCAUCUACCCCAACGCUAGGCUCCCAGCCAGCCACAUGCCUUCGCAUCUGGGCACUUACUACUAAAGACCCGAGAGAGGCCUUUCUCAACCACAUGCAUCACCAAUAAAUUGCCACAAACUCUGUUGUAGAACAUGAAUCAGAAGUGCCUCAAGAGGAAGGACCACGCUUGACUGGGGCUGGGGGAGGACGCCGGGGAAGAGGUUCAAAGACUCUUAGCGGGAGGGGAUGACUGAAGUAUUGCUACCAAAAUCAAGAGGAUGCUACCAAUGUAAUGCACAAGGGCGUAUCAUCUGUGACCAACCUUGUAAAAGACAUUGUAAGUAGAAGCAUGAAGUCACAAGGACUAAGUGCCACAGAAAAUGUUCUGAAGGCGUGUGGAGACUUUAGAGUGGACUCUGGGAUCCUGCUCGUGCAAACUGGGGUUCAAGUAAAGCAACAGAGAUCACACAGUCUGGACCGAACAUGCCAUUUCUCAUGUCAUUCUAAGGAAAACUACCUGUAUUUAAAAAGAGAAACAUAUCACAAAUAGAAGGAAAAAAAAAAAGAAGAAGAAAAGAGAGAGACAGUGGCCCAUCCACAGACAUGGGAACAGAACUCAUUGGCAUUUGCCCUUUUGGGGGAAAUCAGAUUCAUUCCAUUUGAUGGAGAGCUCUCAGCUCUCUCCAACUGUGAAGACGACCCAAAGCUUCCGACUCCUUUCCAAUAAGACAGGAACUCUGAGCCAAAGGGUGGGGCUGAGGAUGUGUCCGGAGAGAUGAGCGUGUGGAUGUAGACAAAGGACCGGAGGAGGUGGGAGAGGAGAAAGCGGAGGAGGAAGAGGUGAGGACUGGGAAAGAAACUUCUCAAGCGGUAAAGACGGGACUCAGGACAGGGCUGGUUCUGCAGAGAACGAGUCAUGGAGACCUGAGGCUUAAGGCGGUUAGAGUUUAUACCAAAUCCAGUGUCAGGAGGAGGGACCCGGCGUGAUGGAGGAAAGGGAAGUCAUAGAAUUCAGAAGCAAAAUUAUGCAUCUCUUUUGUUUGUUUGUCUAUCAAAAGAAAAUUGUAACUGGAAUUGUCUGAUAUUUAAACGAAACAUUCAGGACCUCGUGGUUAGGUGGAGGAGGGGGCAGUGCUCUCCAGGGGGUCAGGUAAGAACUAGCCUUCUUGGGGACCACAAGCCGAGAUCACCUAGGCAUCGAGGUUAGGGGGGCCCCAGUUUUCCUUUUGAGUCGCGAACGCUGUGCGUUUGUCAGAAUGAAGUCUACAAGUCCAUGGAGUCUUUUUUUUUCUUCCUUUUUAUAUAAUAAUUAUAUAACUUAUGCAUUUAUACACUACGAGUUGAUCUCGGCCAGCCAAAGAUACACAAGAGAGACAAUCCAUGAUCAAAAUGUGGCCUUGAACAUUAACUCUGUAUGCUUAAUGUUUACAAUAUGAAGUUAUUAGUUCUUAGAAUGCAGAAUGUAUGUAAUAAAAUAAGCUUGGCCUCGCACGGCAAAUCCGAUCGA